AUGUCCAUCACUAAUUCUGGUGUAUAUGAAUAUCCAUUAAAAUGUCGGGUCAGGGCUGCCAACCGUACCCAUUUUGGGGUACAAUACCCCAUUUCGACAUUUUGUACCCCAGAAAAUUUCGUACCCGAGGGGUACAUAUUUUGUACCCCAUUUCGUUUUUUAAGUCUGGAAUGUGAUAAAACACCAUAUCAAGGUCUAUAUGAAUAUCCAUUAAAAUGUCGAGUAAGUCUGUAUGAAUGUCCAUUACUAAUUCUGGUAAGUGUAUAUGAAUAUCCAUUAAAAUGUCAGGUAAGUCUAUACGAAUGUCCAUUACUAAUUCUGGGAAGUGUAUAUGAAUAUCGAUUACAAUUUCUGGUCUAUAUGAAUAACCAUUAA